AUGUCCCCAUAAGUCUCACACUCACCGGCCACAGCUACCAUAUCUAAAGCUCGCUUCACCAGUCAUUAUUCAUCUUCUUAAUCCCAAGCAACCACCUCUCUCUCUCUCUCUCAUCAUUACAAAACCGUUAUCCUGAUCUCGAUAUCUCUGCUCGCUUUUCACCUCAGUCUCAUCACCCCUUCAUGGUUGCUUUAAAUCAAUUCUUGUGAUCAUAGCAGCAUUAUAUAGUAUUUGUCAUGUUUUAGCAAAUGGCUCGGCUUUUGCGAUCUCGAUCUUGUAGUGCCAGACGAACAGCAACCAACUCAACAUGUGACUCGUCCCCUCAUAGUCCCUCUCUGUAUCUCACCAACAAUAACAAAGAAGACGAAGAGGAGGACGACGACGACGAAGAUAAUGAAGAGGGUUUUUUUGGGAAUAAUGGCAGUAAUAAUCUAGUUACGACACCGUUAAUAAGUCAGGAACGUCCUAACCAGAGUCAUCACCAGUUUCCUAUAAUGGAGGUGUUGGUGGCGGCUUUGAGGAAGUCUCUGGUGACUUGCAGUGUUGAGUGUGAGGAUGUGGCGUCGUCCAUGGAUAUCAGUUGGCCCACCGAUGUUCGCCACGUGUCUCACGUCACCUUCGAUCGCUUCGUUGGUUUUGUCGGUUUGCCCGUCGACCUGGAGGUUGAGGUUUCUCCAAAGGUCCCCAGCGCAAGCCGGGAGGGAGGGAUGAAGGACUGCACAUAA